AUGGCCAACAAAGAGGCCCAAAUCGAGAGAGUGAAAGCCUUACUGACGCCUCAAGAAAUCAUCCUACCCUCAUCAGCAGACUACAAACUCGCCUCUAGAACAUGGGCAGCCCAAGCAAAUCUCCAGCCCAGCGUGGUGGUCCAGCCUCGGGAUCUCCAAACACUCGGCAAAACCAUCGCAUAUCUCGCCAAUUCCACAACCCUCGAUUUCCGAAUCCGCUGUUCCGGCGUCGGCAACGCAUCCGCACAAGACGUUCUAGUGAGCCUCGCGGCAUUCAAGUCGUUUUCAUUUGACGCAGCCAACGAGACCAUCACGUUCGGCGCUGGCCAUACCUGGGGCGAAAUCGAUCGGAAAGUCGAGACUGAAGCGCCAGGCUAUGCAUCUGUCUCCGCUCGUUGUACCUACGUCGGUGUCGGUGGGUCUAUCAUCCAUGGUGGCCAGUCGUGGCUCAGUAGCGAAUAUGGCCUGGCGUCUGACCCGCAGAAUUUGCUGGAUGUGCAAGUUGUCAAGUUGGACGGAAGCGUCGUGUGGGCGAGCGAGGAGCCUGAUCUUCUGUGGGCGUUGCGUGGUGGAGGUGGUGGAUUUGCGAUCGUGGCGGCAUACAAGAUGCGCGUGUACAAGUAUCCGUCAUCGAUCUUCUGCGGGCAGAUCAUCUAUCCGCCGGAAAGUGUGGAGGUGGUUGCGCGAGAGACGGCAGCGUUUGCGAAACGUUGCAGUGAUCCAAAGCUUGCGCUCCACUUAUAUUGCCUGGACAUGACGCAGGGAAGCAUGACGAGUCAGGAGCCGAAUCCUGGCAUGGCCAUCUUUGCGUAUGAUGCUCGUGGCGAGGGGCACGGGCGAAGUGAGGAUGGAUUUAAAUGGGCGCUCGAUAUUCCUGGGGCGGUUGAUAUGACGCACGCGGUGAACCUACGGCAAGUUCAUGAGUCUUUUGACUCCCUGUUGGCACAUUUUGGCGCGUCAAACACGUGGCAAGCAGGCGUCACUGUGCCCGAAGUAUCUGAGGAGCUGAUAACGAAAGCAUGGGACUGGUACGUGGGCCUGAAGAACCAAGAUCCGGGGCUGGUCAAGGGGACCUAUGUGUUGCUGGAAAUGAUGCAAAAGCCUGCGUAUCAAUCCCUCAGCUACCCAAGUACCCAGACCGCCUGGCCGCACACAACACACCAGCAUAAUCUUCAGCUCGGCACUGGCAUUCCUCCGGGAAACCCAAAGAGCGAUGCUCUUGCUUACAAGGCCAUGGCGGAGGGGCCCUAUCAAAUCCGGUCGGAACACACUGCUGGAGACUAUUUCCCCAAUUUCAUCGAGGACUUUGUUGAUGCAAAGAAGGUGUUUGGCGUCAAUUGGUCCAAACUGGUCGAUCUCAAGAAGAAGUACGAUCCUAAGAAUAGACUUGGGGGGCCUUUUGGACAAUAA